AUGAAUAUUCAGGUACACGGGGAUGCAGCUUUUACAGGUCAAGGAGUGAAUCAGGAAACGCUAAUGAUGUCCCAAGUUCCGCAUUUUGACGUGGGCGGUUCCAUCCACGUGGUAGUGAACAACCAAAUAGGGUUCACUCUGCCAGCUUCCCGUGGUCGAUCCAGCCGAUACGUGACUGAUCUGGCCAAGGCUAUCUCCGUACCAGUUAUUCAUGUUAAUGGUGAUUAUCCUGAACUGGUAGCAAAAGCAACGAACAUCGCGUUUGAGUACCAAAGAAAAUUCCGAAAAGACGUCUUUAUUGACUACAACUGCUACAGGCGAUGGGGACACAACGAGGUCGAUGACCCCACAUUCACCAAUCCACUUAUAUACAAAGUCAUACAUAGCAGAAAGACAAUACCAGAUUUAUACACCGACAAACUAGUAUCGGAAGGCGCUGUAACUGAAAGUGACGUGAAAAACAUUAAUACUGAAUAUCACAAGUUUUUGCAGUCACAGUACGAGAUUGCUAAGAAUUAUCAGCCGGAGGUGACAUAUUACCAGGAACAAUGGGCGGGAUUGUCUGCAGCACCCAAAGCGAUAGAAGUAUGGGACACAGGAGUGAAUACAGACCUAUUAAAAACAGUUGCUCACGCGUCCGUGCAUAUACCUGAAGGAUUCAAUAUACAUCCGCAUCUGGCUAAAGCUCAUGUCAAAAAUCGACUGAACAAAAUAAGUCGGGAAAAGGAUAUAGAUUGGUCAACAGCGGAGGCGAUGGCUUUUGGUUCUCUUUUAAUGGAAGGCCGCCACGUACGACUAAGCGGCGAGGAUGUUGGACGGGGCACAUUUUCGCAUCGUCACGUCAUGCUCGUCGAUCAAAACACUGAGAGCAUACACAUUCCUCUUAAUCACAUAAGCGAAGAACAGAAGGGAUACUUAGAGGUAGCGAAUUCAAUCUUAUCAGAGGAAGCUGUCCUAGCAUUUGAAUACGGCAUGGCGUACGACAACCCGCAAAACCUUCAUAUUUGGGAGGCACAAUUUGGAGACUUCUAUAACGGCGCCCAAAUCAUAGUCGACGCGUUUAUCGCCUCGGGCGAAGCGAAAUGGGUCAGAAGUAACGGUCUGGUGAUGCUAUUGCCCCAUGGAUACGAUGGUGCAGCCUCUGAACACUCAUCCUGUCGAAUGGAAAGGUUUUUGCAGAUGACUGAUAGUUCAGAAGUCAGCCCUGACUCGGAGGCUGUAUGUAUGCACGUGGUCAACCCCACGACGCCGGCGCAGUACUUUCAUUUAUUGAGACGGCAGGUAGUCAGAAAUUACCGCAAACCCCUGGUGGUAGUAGCACCAAAAAUAUUGCUUCGCUCCUCGGAUGCAGUCAGCGACUUAUCUGAUUUUGCACCAGGCUCAUCGUUUAGACCCGUUAUUGGGGACAAUGUAGCUGAUCCUAUCCGUGUAAAACGUGUUAUACUAGUCAGUGGUAAACAUUACUACGAACUACACAAAGAGAGAAUAAGAAACAAAAUAGACGACGUCGCUAUUGUCAGAGUGGAGUCAUUAUGCCCCUUCCCUGUAUACGGGUUACAGAAGGAACUGGAUAAAUAUAGUAAUGCUAGAAAAUUCAUAUGGAGCCAAGAAGAACACAGAAAUAUGGGUGGAUGGACAUUUGUCAAACCUAGAUUUGAAAAUUUACUAGGGAGAAAGAUAAUAUAUUCCGGUCGGUCUGAGGCAGCUACCCCAGCGGUUGGUGCUCCAGUGCUCCACAGGGUCGAAGUUGAGCAUAUCCUACGAGAACCUCUGUAUGACCUUAAAUAA